AUGGAGAAUCUGAUUUGGUUCAAAGGUUUGGUUCUUGGCUCCUUUUUGAUGACUUUUGCUUUGGCCAGCAAUCAGUCAAGUACAGCUUCUUUGGAGAAUCCCAACCGACGCGUCACCUAUAUGCUAGAAAAGAGCCAUCUUCUGCAUCGACAGAAACGGUGGCUUACCUUUGAACUAGGAACUUCAAUGACUCUCACAGCCAACUGCGCUAAAGCCAUUCUGGAUACCAUUCCGAGGGGGAUGCUUUGGCUGGCGGAGAUCACGAGCAUUUACGAGAUGCCGGCGGCGGUCGAAGAUUGGAUACCCCGUCGCGUGGGAAAGCCUAAAGUGAAACCACCUCCCCCACCGCCACCUCCUCCGCCACCACCACCUCCUCCUCCUCCACCGCCACCGCCACCUGCUGUUGCACCCGUUGCAUUAACUCCUCAACCUGUGUUUGUGCCCCUCAGUCCCUCGGAUCCCAUACAGUCCUUCUACUUCGCCUACCCACAAGGCAUUCCCACCCUGAGUCGUCGCAAGUCCUACACGCAUCAGAUGCAGGCCGGAUGUCCUGCCUCGCAUCUGGUCAAGGAUAUGUAUGGCACUUACUACUGCCGUCCUUCGGCCAUGUCGCGUCGCCUUAGGCGCGAGUUGGAAGCAAACGGAGCUACGGUGAUCAACCAUAAAUCUAGUCCGCAUGGAAUGCUUUUCGACCUUGUCAGCAUGAUGGCCACCAUGUUCAAUUAUCAGCCCCGGUACUGCAUCAUGCGAACGUUGUGCGAGUCCCGGCAUCUGCUGGCUCCGCCCGGCUUAACGCUCUUCCACGAUAUCCUCCGCAUCAUGCUGCGUUACGUGCAUCCGGAGAUUGCACAUAAACCGAAAUAUCGGGAGGCCUUCACCGCCGGCCAUUCACUGCAUGAAUGCGCCAACCUCUACGGGCCCCACUGUCGGCAGAGUUUUUUGCUCCUCGUCACCGAACGGUUUCGGGGGAAAUAUGUGCAUUGA